AUGGCUUCGUCCCGCCGUGGAGUUGGCCUCGGCGCCUUCUCCAACGCCGCAAUCUCCUCCGAUCAGUACGCCCGCCACGGCGCCGCCCUGCGUACGAUCCACGCCGAGGCCUUGUCCACCCAGCUCUCCGUCUUCCAAGCCGCCCUUCACAACUUCUCCCUCACCCACGCCAAAGACAUCCGCAGCAAUCCAUCGUUCCGCGCCGAGUUUGCGCGCAUGUGCAAUGCCAUUGGCGUUGAUCCCUUGGCCGCCAGCAAUGUUAAGGGCGGCGGUGCGGCGGGAACGGGGAAGAGUGUGUGGGCGAAGAUGCUGGGCAGCAGUGUCAACGACUUCUACUUCGAGCUUGCCGUGCGAGUGCUGGAGGUAUGCAGAGAGACGAGAAAUGAGAAUGGAGGGAUGAUUGCCGUGGGUGAAGUACGAAAGCGGAUCGAGAAGGGCAGAGGCCUGGUGGGUGGAGGGAUGGAAGUCACGGAAGACGAUGUCCUCCGCGCCCUGGAUGCCUUAGCACCUCUCGGUGGCGGGUUCAAGACUACCAUGCUGGGCUCUACAAAAUACAUUCGCUCAGUGCCGAAGGAGCUGAAUGCCGAUCAAGCGACCGUGCUCGAGGUUAUCCAGGUGCUGGGCUAUGUGAGCGUCUCCAUGCUCCAAGCCAACCUCGACUGGGAGCGCGCGAGAGCCAUAGCCGUCAUCGACGACCUCGUAGCGGACAGCUUAGUCUGGGUGGAUUCGCAAGCCGGCGAAACCGAGUUCUGGAGUCCGGCUUCCAUGCAUGCGGGAUGA